AUGUCUGUUGAGGAGAGUCAUCUCCAACAUAAUGGUUCAAACCAUGAAAUCUUCUCAGAAAAUCCAGCACUAUAUGAUGAAAAUAUUCCUCAUCAUGAGGGGGUAGUCCAUCAGCUAUCCGAAAAACAUACUCCUCUGAACUCUCCUCAGUAUACUGAGCGGAAGCCAGAGUUUCUCUCACAAAGCUCAGAUAUUUCUAACAACGGUUCCCAGCAUGAUGGGACAUUGCCGGAAUAUGUUGCGCAAAACUCAACCUCUUCCUUCGAGGAGAGAGUUUUCCAACAUGACGAGAGAUUGCCAGAGUUUAUCUCCCAGCACUCUGCCACGUCCAACGAUGGGAUAAGUUCCCAGCAUGAACAUUCAAACAUGUCCAUCGAUGAGAACACCAUUUCCCAACAGAAUGGGACUAAGCCUGAAUACAACUAUUCUGACUAUUACUCGUAUCUGUUGAAGAAUCCAUGGAUUCAACAGGCUAUCGCAACAUAUGACUGGACAAAGCACAGCAACAGACUUCUUGAGUCAACACUCGAUCGUGUAGAGUAUGGCGUAUCUACUGUUGCACAAACCGCAGCAGAAAAAGCUGCAGAUGUCCAUCAGAAUUACAUAAUGCGUCCGAAAGAAGCAGUGGCAUCUGCUUACAAUACAGGUAAAGAGAAGACAAUGAACGCUGUGGAAACUUCGAAAAAUCUGGCGAUUCAAGGAGGUACCGUUGGCCUUGGCGCUGCAGUUGUUGCGACACAGAUUGGUCUGGCUUUAUCUGCUGGAGGUGCUAAUCUGGUUAUCAACACCAUCGGAGGAGUUCAUCAUGUAGGCCAGCGUGUACUGGCUUCCGUUUGUGAAGCGGAGAAAGCGAUGGAAGAAAAGAUUUGGGCUGCCAUUGCUGAAGGACAACGAGUCGCUCAGAUCAAAAUAGAAGACGUACCGGAAAGCUCUGUGAGAGACAGAGUCAAAAGAAUAGCUAGUAAGACAGUGGAGGCUCUCAGCAGUAAGGCGCGGAUUGUACUCAAUCCUGUCAGUGCUCAGCUCCAUGGGCUUAUAGAACAACUCAACAAAAGUUUCAUACUGGUUGAUUUAGUGCGUGAAAAGCGAGAGUGGGCUCAAGGGAAAGUUGAUGAGUUAUCUUCGUCUGUUGCUGAACUAAAAACUCGCCUUGAAAACGAGGCUAGACAGUUGAAGACUAAGCCGGAAGAACUCCUCAUGAAAAGCAUUCGCGGAACGUCAGUUCAGUUGAGAAAUAAUUUAGAGAGACUGAAGGGUAAUGGACAGAGAGUUUUUGGUGAUGUUGGGCGAGUGGAGUCAGCUAUAAAUUAUCUGCACAAUCUGGACAAAAAUCUGGGCGAGUCGAACGAUAUCUAUCAAGUCAGAGAUGAGGUUUUAUCUGAAGCUCGCCAACGUCUUGCGGAACUUACCGCGUGGACAUCAUCCCUUCUUUCAAAAGAAAAAUCGCAGUGAUCAAUCACUGGCUUCUCUCAUCUCAUGCACUAAUACUCAGCAUUCUCUAAUCAUUUAACUCUCCAAUUUGUUACGUUAACAAGUUUUAUCGUCAAUGCUCAUCGACAGACAAUGACCUCCUCUUAAUAGUGCCUUGAUUAUAUGCUCUCUGAUCUAGAUGUCACCGAUGAGUACCUCUGUCAGAUAUGAUGCUUGCUAUUUAAAUGAAUUCUUAUG